GUUCAAGAUGGACACUUCUAAUCCGACCUCCGACAUCUAUUGGCUGGAAUCUUUGGUUUCCGGAAUCCCUGACUCCGCAAGCAACAUCAUUUACUCAUCACAAAGCGCUCCAGAAUAAAUAAAACACAGUCUGGACAUCGCACCACAAGGGGGAACCUACCAAAAUCGCACUUCAUACACAUCAUAUCCGUUUAACAAAAACAACCCCACCUCCCCUCCACAACCACUAGCUUCUCCUCUUUGUCAACAACAAUGUCGACUACUCAGACCUGGAAGGUCCCACCAUCGGGCGUCUGGGCCCCGGCCGUUACGCUCUUCGACCCGGAGACGGACAAGCUCGUGCUCGAGGACCAGAAAAAGUACUAUGCACACCUGUCCAAAUCCGGGCUGGCGGGGCUCGUGGUGCUGGGCACCAACGCCGAGACCUUCCUGCUGACGCGCGAGGAGCGCCGACAGCUGCUCGAGGCGGCGCGCCAGGCCGUCGGGCCGGGCUUUCCCAUCAUGGCCGGGUGCGGCGGGCACUCGACGGCACAGGUGCUCGAGUUCCUGCGCGACGCGGCCGACGCCGGCGCCGACAGCGCCCUCGUCCUCCCGCCCGCCUACUUUGGCAAGGCGACCACCCCGGCCGUCGUCGAGCGCUUCUUUGCCGACGUCGCGGCCGCCACGCCCCUGCCGAUCGUGCUGUACAACUUCCCGGGCGUCUGCAACAGUGUGGACCUCGACUCGGACCUCAUCGCCACCCUCGCGCGCCGCCACCCGCAGGUCGUGGGCGUCAAGCUCACCUGCGGCAGCGUCGCCAAGAUUGUGCGCCUGGCCGCCGAGCUGCCGGCAGACGAGUUUGCCGUCUUUGGCGGCCAGUCGGAUUUUCUGCUGGGAGGGCUGGCGUCGGGCAGCGCGGGGUGCAUCGCGGCGUUUGCCAACGUCUUCCCGCGCUCGCUGGCUAGGAUCUACGAGCUGUGGAAGGCGGGCGAGGGGGACGAGGCACUGCGGCUGCACAAGGCUGCCGCGCUGGCCGAGAGGCCGUGCAAGAGCGGCAUCGCCAUGACCAAGUACGCCGCGGCUGUGUUUUCGGCGACCAGGGCGGGCGUCGAGGAUGCGGAGCGCAAGAUGCUGCCGAGGAGGCCGUAUGCGGGCCCUGGGGAGGCGGAUAAGGCCAAGUGUCGGGAGGUCAUGGCUGAGCUUGCUAAGAUUGAGGAGGAGCUGGCGGACAAGUCCACGUAGAGGACUAGCUCCUACGAUUUUGUAUUUUUUUUUUGUCUUUGUCUUUUUGUAGCUACUCUUGAAGAAAAAGAAAAUAAUGUGUGAUGCUGGUUGCGGACAUCUUGUUCGGUAUUAUAGUAUAACCCUAACCCUACGUUGUUCUAUCCUAUGGUACUGUAGCUUACCCCGGAAUAGGGGAUUGCGGAUCGCC